UUGCGCGGCGCGACCAGAUCCCGGGGCGGGCCGCGCGGAGCCUUAUUUCCUCGAACGCCGGAGCUCGGUGGCAGUAGCCGCGGAUGUUGGCCCACCGAGUGCCGGGCAUAAGCUCCGCCGGCCUCUGGUUGGGGGACAGCUCGUGUGCGGGUCGCGGCGGGAGAGAGAGGCGCGGUAGGAACGAGUCCCCAGAGCCGUGAACCGCGGGUACGGGUGUCCAGUCCGCGCUCUCGGCCAAGCCGGUUGCUUCCUGAUCUGUGGUUAGGGCCGCCGGACCCCGUGCCGGACCCUUGAGAUCGUCAGCACUUGGAGUGUGCCCCUCCUUUCCUGGGGUAGAGGGUCUGUCGAGAGUAUCCUUCGUUAACCUUAAUUAAAACUGGAGUGAAAGGGAAGCAAUGCAGAAAUCAGAGGGGUCUGGAGGUACACAGUUGAAAAACAAAGCAAGAGGUGACUGUGAUCAAAGGACAUCAUCAAGCACACAGAUAAAACACAGGAAUACAGUUCAAAGAAACAAAUCCUCAUUGUCAACCAGUUCUCCAGAGUCUGCAAGAAAACUUCAUCCUCGACCAAGUGAUAAACUGAACCCUAAAACAAUUAACCCGUUUGGUGAACAGUCACGAGCGCCUUCUGCAUUUGCAGCUAUUUACUCUAAAGGAGGUAUUCCUUGCAGAUUGGUACAUGGUUCAGUAAAACACAGAUUACAGUGGGAAUGUCCUCCUGAAAGUCUUUCAUUUGAUCCACUUCUUAUUACUUUAGCUGAGGGUCUGAGAGAAACCAAGCAUCCAUACACCUUUGUAUCAAAGGAGGGUUUUAGAGAAUUACUUUUGGUCAGAGGUGCUUCUGAAAAAGCUGUUCCUUUGCUACCUAGACUGAUUCCUGUGCUAAAGGCAGCUCUGGUCCAUUCGGAUGAUGAAGUGUUUGAAAGAGGAUUGAAUGCCCUAGUUCAGCUAAGUGUUGUUGUUGGUCCUUCUCUAAACGACCAUCUGAAGCAUCUGCUUACAAGCCUUUCCAAGAGAUUAAUGGACAAGAAAUUCAAAGAGCCAAUCACGAGUGCAUUACAAAAGCUAGAGCAAUGUGGCGGAAGUGGAAGCCUUAGCAUCAUCAAAUCUAAAAUUCCAACGUACUGCUCCAUAUGCUGUUGAAGAAGGGAGCCAACAAAAAUUGUUUUUUCUACGUGGUGACGUGUCAAACACUGACCAUCACGAUGAAGGAGGACCCAUUUUAUAUUUUGUGGAGUCUAUUGACCAGGCAUUAAACCACUUUAUUUAAAUCUUUACUUGGUAUUUAAUAGAGGAUAUUUCUCCAAUCAUAAUGCCAAAAUGGAAACUACAGAGGCGCAGAGGUAAGUCAAAGCAAAUGAGAAUUUUGGCAUUCUAUGUAGAUCACAGGCCAAAUCACACAGACUUUUAUACAGGUACAAGGAAAAUUGUGUGUGUGUAUGAGCCAGCAGUUCAUGAAGAUUGGAGGAUGGAGUGUAGGAGGCAGGAUAGUGGAUUAAGAGGGAACAUGUUUGCAGUAAUCCUCUCUCUCUGUCUGCAAGUUAUGGCUAAAUCUGUGUUGACUGAAGGAGACUUUAAAAAUGAAUGAUCUCCAUUACAGAGAAAGGACUGGGGAGCAGAAAUGACUGCUCAGUGGCUGUGUUCAGUUUAGAAAUGAGAUAGGGGACAGACUUUUUGCAUUAUUGGAGCACUUGUCAGUUGAAUGUGAAUAGCACUUAGUGAGCUGUUUAUGGUAGUGGUAAAUGGUGGCUGAACCAACAAUGGCUUCCACUGCUAGAAACCAAGUAACGACAUCACCACCAAGCAGCUUAAUGUCACCAAACUAAUUCUCUCAAAGACCACCACAUUGAAAUUCAAGUUGAGAAACAAGCAGACAUCCAGAAAGGUAAGAACAACAAUUUAAAAACACAGAAACAACAGAUUUCUUUGUUUUCAUGAUUAUUUGAAUUUUUUUUUUUUUUUUCGAGGCAGAGUCUAUUUCUAUUUCGAGGCAGAGUCUAUCUCUAUUGCCCAUCAUUCUGGAGUGCAGUAGCACAAUCAUGCCUCAACUGGGCUCAAGUGAUCCUCCCACGUAGCCGAGACUUCAGCCACGUGCCACCAUGCCCAGCUAACUUAAUUUUUUUUUUUUUUUUUGUAGAGAUGGGGUCUUGCUAUGUCGCCCACAUUGGUCUCAAGUUAUUUUCCUGCCUCAGCCUCCCAAAGUGCUGGGAUUACAGUUGUGAGCUACUGUACCAGGCCUUAACAAUUUUUAACCAUGGUUCUAUUCACACAUCAAGUCAGAUAAUUCUAAGCAAGCUAACACUGGUUUCUUCGAUAACGGGCUACUACCUGCAGUUCUCUUCAGAGAAAAUUUUCCACUAUUUCUUUUUUGUGACAGAAGACCAUUAGUGAGUUCAGCCAAAGAGCCGUUUCUUGUCCGUUUCUUGUCCACAUACACUAAAAUAAUGAUUUUUCUCUUAGAAAUCAGAUAGAAGCAUGGCCUGUUGUGAUACAUACUUGGCUAUCUAGGAAUUCUAAUUCUAUGGAGAUAUGAUAGAUAAUAUAUGAGUUAUGCUAAGUCUGGGCAAAGAGCAAUUCAAAUUCUCAUAUAUGUUUUAUCCUCCAUGAUGAAUACUCUCUAAGGAAUUGGGGAAUCAAAAACACAGUACAGGCUGGGUGCAGUGGCUCACGCCUGUAAUCCCAGACUUCGGGAGGCUGAGGCGGGUGGAUCACGAGGUCAGGAGAUAGAGACCAUGGUUAAAUCCUGUCUCUACUAAAAAUAAAAAAUUAGC